AUGGAUUUCCUUCUUAUUGGUCUCUGUUUAAACUGGCUGCUGAGGAAGCCCCCGGGGUUGAUAUUGUGUACGCUGGGUAUCUUUUCUAAAAUGCUUCCAGCUGUGAAUAGUGGGUGUCCACAGCUCUGUCGGUGUGAGGGCAGGCUUUUGUACUGUGAAUCACUGAAUCUCACAGAGAUGCCUCGCAACCUGUCGGGCAUGAUGGGCUUGUCUCUGCGGUACAACAGCCUUUCAGAGCUGCAUGAUGGACAGUUCACAGGGUUAAUGCAGCUCACGUGGCUCUAUCUGGAUCACAAUCACAUUUGCUCAGUGGAGGGGAAUGCCUUUCAAAAAUUGCGGCGAGUUAAAGAGCUCACCCUGAGUUCCAACAAAAUAACCCAACUGCCCAACACCACUUUCCGCCCCAUGCCAAACUUGCGCAGUGUGGAUUUAUCGUACAACAACCUACAGUCUUUGGAGCCUGACCUGUUCCACGGGCUGAGAAAACUGACAACUUUGCACAUGCGGUCGAACGCCAUCAAGUUCGUGCCAGUGAGAAUUUUUCAGGACUGUCGCAGCCUGAAGUUUCUAGACAUAGGAUACAAUCAGUUAAAGAGCCUGGCUCGAAACUCUUUUGCAGGCUUGUUCAAACUCACUGAGCUGCACCUCGAGCACAAUGACUUGGUGAAAGUGAAUUUAGCCCAUUUUCCCAGGCUCAUCUCCCUGCACUCCCUCUGCUUGCGAAGGAAUAAAGUCACCAUCGUAGUAAACACCUUGGACUGGAUAUGGCAACUCGAAAAGAUGGAUCUCUCUGGCAACGAAAUCGAAUACAUCGAACCUCACGUUUUCGAAAGUGUACCUCAUCUCAAAUCCCUGCAGCUGGACUCCAACCGGCUGACCUACAUCGACUCCCGAGUCCUCGACUCCUGGAAGUCCCUCACGAGCAUCAGCCUCUCCGCCAACGCCUGGGACUGCAGCCGGAACGUCUGCGCCCUGGCCUCCUGGCUCAGCAACUUCCAGGGUCGCUACGACAGCAACCUGCUCUGUGCCACCCCCGAGUACGCCCAGGGAGAGGAUGUUUUGGACGCCGUCUACGCCUUUCACUUGUGCGAGGACAACGCCGACCCCACGAGCGUCAACACCUUCUCCCCGGUGACCAACAACAGCGAGCAGACGCUCGGCUAUGGCUCGGCCACCGCCACCUACGACGCGCCCGAGGGCGACGAGGACCGGACCACGUACGCCGUCACCAUCACCAUGCCCGGCGAGAACUCCGAGAACGCCGUGCAGAUUCACAAGGUGGUGACGGGCACCAUGGCACUGAUUUUUUCCUUCCUCAUCGUGGUUUUGGUGUUGUAUGUCUCCUGGAAGUGCUUCCCAGCCGGCUUAAGGCAACUAAGACAGUGCUUUGUCACACAGCGCAGGAAGCAGAAGCAAAAACAGACCAUGCACCAAAUGGCUGCCAUGUCAGCCCAGGAGUAUUACGUUGAUUACAAACCCAACCACAUUGAGGGAGCCCUGGUGAUCAUUAAUGAGUACGGAUCUUGUUCCUGCCACCAGCAGCCAGCGAGGGAAUGCGAGGUGUGAUUUUCCUUUGGGAUUUAAACAGUGUGCAACCAAAUAACAGCGUGCAGGCAGACAGUGGCACGGGGUGGGGGGGUGGUGCUGGGCUUUGCUGGUGAUUUCUGACGUGCACCCCUGCCCAAAUUGUUUAAGAGGGGCUGUCCAAGAGACUUGAUAUUUUAGCUUUAUCGUGUCUUAAAAACCUUCAGGACAGCCAAUCUUAAGGUUUCAUAUGCUAAUACUCCCUUUGAAGAUCUGUCAAUAUUCAGGAAUCUGAGAGUGUAAAAAAGGUACCAAUUAUUGAUCUUUUGUAAACUAAGAAAACUGUUUAAAAUAAAAAAAAAAAAAAAUAGCAUUUACAGUU